ACCUCCCAGAACCCACCAUAGCCACGCAUCCCCCCCUCCGACCGCCACAAUGGAUAUGUUAACCGCCGCCGAGCAGCGCACUCUUGAGCAGCGCAUGCAGAAGCGACAAGUCAAGGAGUUUAUGGGCGCUUUCGGUGGUCUCGUUGAGCACUGCUUCAUGUCCUGCGUCGACGACUUCACCUCCAAGGCCAUCUCAUCCCGGGAGAGCGGCUGCAUCAACCGCUGCGUUCAAAAGUGGAUGGCCUCCCAGCAGCGCAUUAGCGACCGCUUCCAGGAGCACAACGCCCAGCUUACGGCCCAGAUGAACAAGUAAACCGGCAAAAAGAACGACGGUCGAGCAUGGACGAGGGAGGGGACUUUUUAAAGAAUUGACGUGUGUAUGACUAUGGAUCGACUGGGGGAAAAGAUGCAGGAAAACUCUGGCUGCGGCUGACUAUAUGGUGUCGGAUGUCUAAACCAAGCGAUUUUUCCAUGAUGCCAGAGGGAGGACGCUACCAUCUAGAGAAUGGUGAGCCAACGCAUGGCAUGCUCUUGUCGCACCAACACCGAGCUGUACUUGUAUAUUAUCCUGGGUUAUAGAAAGGAGAUGUUCCUCCUCGCUCGGGUUGGGAAUCAAUAACCCCGUUUCUACUCAGCUAAC